GAAUAAUAGAAGGCAUAACCCGUGAAUGCUCUAUAAGUCAAGCCUAACUUUAACACGCCUAAAGUUACGCACAUUCAGCACUGAUCCAACAGUAGUGGAUACACGAUGGAAGGCGACGAAAAAGAAGGGACGUUUAAGGGAUCCGCCCGUAGGCCUCUGAUAUACGCUAUCCUCGCCGGGUCGAUGUUAAUAGCUCUCGGUCUAGCAUUUGGUCUUGGCUACGGUCUAAGGGCACGUCAGCCGGCGGUUGCAUCAGCAGAGAUGACGACAGCGGCUCCGCCAUCGGCACAAGAAGAGAAAUCUAAAACAGGAAGUUUCAGAUUUGCCUCUGUCGCCUCUGAUACUAUGCGCUGCUCCGAAGUUGGAACGAACGUGUUGGCCAGAGGUGGAUCCGCAGUGGACGCAGCUAUAGCCACUGCAGUAUGUUCCUGUGUUUUAAAUGCACAAAGUUGCGGACUAGGUGGAGGGUUCUUUAUGACGGUUUACAACAGAACAUCGGGUAUGUCCCACGUUUUGGAUGCUCGAGAAAGGGCGCCCUUGGCCGCCAACAGCACCAUGUACGUUGGACGAGAGAAGGGUGCAUCCCUCAACGGUGGCCUUGCUAUUGCUGUGCCGGGGGAACUAAUGGGGUAUUGGGAGGCCCACCAGAGAUUUGGUAAACUACCGUGGAAAUAUCUCUUUGAGCCAACAAUCAAGAUGUGCAGAGAAGGAGUGAAGGUAACCAAGGCAACGGCUUAUGGAAUAUCCAGAUCCGUCGACCUACUUCGAAACGGAUCAUUCACAAUGUACUUCCACCCUACGACUGGUGCCAUGGUGAAGGCUGGAGACACGGUCAAGUAUCCCAAACUCGCAGACACCCUGGAGACUGUCGCUACUGAAGGGGCCUCGGCCUUCUAUAACGGCAGCCUGACUGAUGCCAUAGUGUCUGAGAUAAAGGAAAAUGGUGGCAUCGUAUCAAAAGAAGACCUGAGUGGGUAUACGGCCUCAUGGCGAACACCAGUUACCUUCACCCUGAGAGAUGGCAACAGAGUGCACUCAAUGCCCGCACCAGGAAGUGGAGCUGUGUAUGCAUACAUCCUCAAUGUCCUAGACGGGUACAACUUCACGACUGAAAGUGUCUCGAAUGAUGACAACAGCAUACUGACAUACCACAGAAUAGUGGAGGCUUUCAAGUUCGCAUAUGCCAAAAGAUCAGAACUUGGUGAUGAAGAUUUUGAAGACGUGGCAGAUUUGAUGAAAAACAUGACAUCUCGGGAAUUUGGAGAUUCUACCCGGGCCAAGAUUGAUGACGCAGCAACUCACGACGCCAAGUACUAUGGUGCUACCUUCUCCAGUGCGCUAGACCAAGGAACCACGCACCUCUCUGUUGUAGAUGCGGAGGGAAACGCCGUUGCGAUAACAUCAACCAUAAAUUACUUUUUUGGAUCGAAAGUUCUUGGUAAGACAACAGGAAUAAUUUAUAACAAUGAAAUGGACGACUUCUCGACACCCGGUACUGUCAACGUGUACGGUGUGCCAGCAUCACCCGCCAAUUAUAUCAAACCCAGAAAGCGCCCUCUGUCGUCAAUGUGUCCUACUGUUGUGGUAGAUAACUCCGGUGACGUCAUCUUGGUUUUGGGAGGAGCUGGUGGCCCAAAGAUUACAACAGCUGCAGCAUUGGUAACACUACAUACCCUCAAGUUUGGGCUGAGUGCCGGAGAAGCCCUGGACCACAAACGUCUUCAUCACCAGCUUUUGCCGUCCACAUUAUCAGUUGAAGAUGGCUUUCCAAAGGCAGUGGUGAAUGGUCUCAUUGCUAAAGGCCACAACGUCACAAGCUACGGAUUCACAUCAGUUGUCAAUAUAGUCCGGGUCAAGGACAACAUGAGGCACAGUGCUUGUGAUCUACGAAAGGGUGGCCAGCCAGACGGAUAUUAGUGAAUGAAACCACAUUAAUUGGGAAUCGGUUAUGUGGUGAAAUAAUCCCUGCCAUCUUACUGAGUAUAACGUGUUCAAUUUGACAUGCCCUUUACAUAUACGUUUCUCUUUGCCUUUGUGACCUUGAAUGUAUGUAAUGGUUUUGUAAGUCUACGACGACCAAACGAUAUAACAAUAAAAUGUACGGUGAAAUUUAUAUUCCUUCGCUUCUUGGUCAGUAACGUAUGGAGUGAGUGAGUGAGUGAGUGAGUAGAAAGUAUAAGCCGCAUAAGGACCCUGGUUUAGUUUUGGAUGGUACUCCUAUCAAAGUUGUAAAAGAGGCCAAUUUUCUUGGAAUUAUUUUUGACCAGCACAUGACCUUUCUGCAACACAUAAACCAUUCAAUCAUAAGACUGAAAGCAUUGGAUUUAUUGAAAGUAGUUUAACUGUACAGAGCGCUUAUCCGCUCUAAACUUGAUUACGGCUCCAUUAUCAAGUGGUGGAGCAUAUAAAAGCAAUUUGAAAAAAAAUGAUUCUAUUCAUCUCCAGGGCCCGAGGCUUUGCCUAGGAGCCUUUAGAACAUCUCCAGUUCAUGGCCUGUAUCUAGAGGUCGAUGAACCAUUACUUAAACAACGUCACAUUAAAUUAUCUUUACGGUACAUUUCUUAAUUGCAUUCUAAUGACUCCAAUCCAAACUUCGGUUGUGUUUACAUCUCUUACAUCUCUCAUAUUCCUGAUGCUAAAAUAAAUCUCGAAAAUAUAGCUCCCACAGAACUUUUAUCUUCUCCGCCAGGGAAAUUGGUAAUUCCAGAGGUUUAAAGAAAUCGGAAACAAAUCAGCUGAUUAAUGAACAGGAAUAUAAUGAAUUAAGAGAACAAAUAUGAUACUUUUAAAUCUAUAUUUACCGAUGGAUCUAAGGAUGGUCACGCUGUUGCCAGCGCCAGCAUAAUUAGAUCCAGGACAAUAUCUUUAAGACUUCAGGAUAACUGUUUCAUUUUUACGGCCGAAUCCAAGGCCAUAUUAACAGCAUUAGAGUACAUAGAUAAACAAUCCAAACAUAAGCAAUAUGUUAUAUUUUCAGACUUACUUUCUUGUUUUCAGUCAAUUAAAAAUCAAUCUUGUAAACAUUCUCUUUUAAUUGAAAUUAAUCAAUUAUUAAACGUUCUUGCUACUGGCCAAUGCGUUUUUUGUUGCUUAGCCAUGUUGGUAUCAUUUGUAACACAAUGGCCGAUGCUGCAGCUAAAUAGCACCCAA